AUGAAUCUGGAACGGCAACGAACUUUCACAGAGUACAAAAAGAUACUGGACGAACUGAGGACAGCGUUCAUGGAAAGAUGGAAGAUUAACAAAACCGACAAUAUCAAACUAGAAGAUUUCGAUCAAUUUCGGACUGUGGGUACCGGCGCCUUCGGCCGUGUUAUACUCGUGAAAUAUAAACCAACGUCCACGUACUACGCCAUGAAGAUCUUAGAGAAAGCAAAAAUCGUGAAGAUGAAGCAAGUCGAGCAUACGUACAACGAGAAAAGGAUACUACAGUGCGUGAGGUUCCCCUUUGUCGUCUAUAUGGAGUACUGUUUCAAAGACAAUUCCUACGUAUACAUGGUGUUACCGUUCAUCAACGGUGGCGAAAUGUUCACGCAUCUAAGACGAAUGGGCAAGUUCGACGAAUCUCUGGCGCGAUUCUACGCCGCGCAAGUUGCUCUCGCGCUGGAGUAUCUUCAUCACUGCAGCCUCGUUUACAGAGACUUGAAGCCGGAGAACAUUUUAAUUCAAAACACCGGCUACAUCCGAGUGACAGACUUUGGCUUCUGUAAAAUGAUCAACGGUAGAACGUGGACUCUGUGCGGUACGCCUGAAUAUCUCGCACCAGAAGUAAUCUUAUCGAAAGGAUACGGUAAGUCCGUGGAUUGGUGGAGCUUCGGCGUUUUGAUCUACGAAAUGAACGCUGGAUAUCCGCCGUUUUAUUCGCGAGACCCGAUGAAAAUAUACGAGAAGAUCGUCUCUGGUAAGUACAAGUUCGCUCAUCAUUUUGGCGGAGAGCUGAGGGAUAUAUUGAAAAACAUACUGCAAGUGGAUCUGACUAGGAGAUACGGAAAUCUGAAAGGUGGAUCUAUGGAUAUAAAAGGACAUAGGUGGUUUCAGUCGACCGAUUGGAAUCAGAUAUAUCAUCAGAAGAUACAGCCUAGUUUCAUACCGGAAUGCUCUGCGCCGGAAGACACCAGCAAUUUCGAAUUAUACGCGGAAGAGUCGCUGAAAAUAGCCACGAUAGAUCGUUACGCCAAGGAAUUCGCCAACUUCUAAUCGAACCGAUUACGGAAUACCGUUGAUUUAACAGCGAAGCGUAUCUUUGGAGAUACAGAGAACUGUACGCUACAGCGGAGGCUCGUUACGCGAAACAACUUGGAACAGCGUUCGUCGCGUCAUCUCCGUCGUCAGCGAAGUGUA